AUGGCGGCGGCGGCGGCGGCGGCGGCGGCGGGGCCGGUGUUCUGGAGGCGGCUGCUGGGCCUCCUGCCGGGCCGCCCGGGGCUGGUCGCGCUCCUGGGCCGCCUGUCCGACCGCCUCGGCAGGAACCGGGACUGCCGGCGCAGGAGGUCACCAUGGCUGCUGCUGGCUCCCUUGUUGUCCCCCACGGUCCCCCAGGUCAUCUCCCCGCCCUGCUGCCUGUGUCCGGAGGCUGUGCACAGGUUCCAGUGGAUCCGCAACCUGGUCCCCGAGUUCGGGGUCUCCAGCUCUCACGUCAAGGUGCUCUCCUCCCCGGUGGAGUUUUUCGAGCUCAUGAAGGGGCAGAUAAAGCUAGCCAAGAGGCGAGUUGUGAUGGCGUCCCUCUACUUGGGGACGGGCCCCUUAGAGCAGGAGUUGGUGGAUUGCCUGGCCAGCACCCUGGAGAGGUCACUGCACUCCCCGUUCCCCUCCGCCCUCAAGGUCUCCAUCCUCUUGGACUUUACACGCGGCUCGAGAGGCAAGAAGAACUCGCGCACCAUGCUGCUCCCACUGCUGCAGAGAUUUCCGGAACAGGUCCGCGUGUCCCUGUUCCACACGCCGAACCUGCGUGGGCUCCUCCGUCUGCUCAUCCCCGAGCGCUUCAACGAGACCAUCGGCCUCCAGCACAUCAAAGUCUACCUGUUCGACAACAGCGUGAUCCUGAGCGGUGCCAACCUGAGUGACUCCUACUUCACCAACCGCCAGGACCGCUACGUGUUCCUGCAGGACUGCCCCGAGAUCGCCGACUUCUUCACGGAGCUGGUGGACGCCGUGGGCGAUGUGUCCCUGCAGCUGCAAGGAGACGACACGGUGCAGGUGGUGGAGGGGAUGGAGCACCCCUACAAAGGUGACCGAGCUGCCUACUGUGAGGCUGCCAACAAGAGGGUCAUGGACGUGAUCAACUCCGCUCGGACCCGCCAGCAGAUGCUGCACGCCCAGACCUUCCACAGCGACUCACUGCUGACGCAGGAAGAUGCCGCCGCCUCUGGGGACCACAGGCCAGCACUGGACACCUGGAUUUACCCACUGAUCCAGAUGAAGCCCUUUGAGAUCCAGAUUGAUGAGAUCGUCACCGAGACACUGCUGACAGAAGCUGAGCGGGGCGCCCGGAUCUACCUCACCACGGGCUACUUCAACUUGACCCAGGCCUACAUGGACCUGGUCCUGGGCACCCAGGCCGAGUACCAGAUCCUGCUAGCUUCUCCUGAGGUGAACGGCUUCUUUGGGGCCAAGGGUGUGGCUGGCGCCAUCCCAGCAGCCUACGUCCAUAUCGAGAGGCAGUUCUACAGUGAAGUGUGUGGCCUGGGCCAGCAGGAGCGUGUCCAGCUGCAGGAGUACUGGCGACAGGGCUGGACCUUUCAUGCUAAAGGCCUCUGGCUGUACCUGGCAGGGAGCAGCCUGCCCUGCCUCACGCUGAUUGGCUCUCCUAAUUUUGGGUACAGGUCAGUUCAUCGGGACCUGGAGGCCCAGAUCGCCAUCGUGACGGAAAACCGAGCCCUGCAGCAGCAGCUCCACCAGGAGCAAGAACAGCUCUACCUGCGUUCAGGUGUGGUGUCAUCGGCCACCUUUGAGCAGCCAGGCCGACAGGUGAAGCUGUGGGUGAAGAUGGUGACCCCGCUGAUAAAGAACUUCUUCUGA